CAAUAAUUAUAUAUCACUUUUAUUCACUAAAUGAAUAAAAAGACUGAAACACAGCUGAAAAGGCUGAUAGUUCGGCGUUAUUUAAAUAAAUACACUCUCGUAGAAAUGUGGAGGGAAAAGAAUCCAUACAUUGCCCAUGGCUUACUGCAGUGGUUCCCAAACUUGGUAACUUUAAGACUUGUGGACUUCAACUCCCAGAAUUCUCCAGCCAGCAGAGCUGCUUCCGUUUCACCGCAAUGCUAAGGUUCCACAUUAUCUUCUUUCACCAACCCCAAUAACAUGCCUCAACUGAAUUAGACUAACUUGAGACGCCGGAGAGAGAAGGCAUGACUUGAUAUUAGUGACGUAUUACCUUAUUCAAGUAAUAACAGCUUCAAAUCACCGAAUACAAAUAUAUGCAUGUAUAUAUUAGAAGGAUUUAUAUUUAUAAAUCUUUUAACAAUUAUACGCAUCCGAAUGCCGACCGGCCUCUCAGUUCCGGGGCUCUUACUUUCACCCGUCCUGUUUCCCUUACUCGUAAUCACAGGCAUAAUUCAGCCGCUACGGCUUUCGUUCGUUUUCUUAUUGGGUAAAUGCUCCUCAACGCAAUUUCGAACUCCGCCCAUUUCUCUUUCACCAUAGAGAUUAAAAAAUGUCAGAGAAGGGACGACUUUCUCCCCGGAAAAGAGAAGCGGCUUACUAUAUCUGGCGGGAUAUCGUGGCUGAAAACGUGUCUUAUUCCUAAAGAACAAGGAAAUAGGAAGUAGAAGUGUUUCCUAAAGGCAAAAAGGAAUUGGGAUUGCACUAUCUGCAAAGUUGGAGUAUGGAGUCAUUCCAUCUGGUGAUUAGGAAAACUGGAAGUUUGACAGUAUUUUCAACACUGUUCAGUGAGAAAAAUAUUUUUCAUAGAUCCUUCACUAUUUCUUUGCCUUUUUAUAAGAAGAGAAAAACAGAGUAUGAAAAUAUUGACCGCCCAAAAUAUGGAAAUUUGAUCCAUUACCUCACUUCAGGCAAAGAUAGAUCUGACAGAUCCAAACUGUUUGAAGAAGACAAUGCAGGGUGUCAACACAAACGUCCAGCUCAUAAAACAGAAACAAAACUUCUUAAGCACUGGAUUCCCUUAAUGAAUCCCAGGAAGACCACUCAGCAUCAGAAAUUUCACCAGGGGCUGCCUUUGCAAAUUGCUUUGCAAAAGAACAACUGGGCCAGCGUGACAUCUGUUCUGCACCAGACAAUGCCUGUGGAACAGGCUGCUAACCUGGAGAAGUGGAAACAGCGAAUGAUUCUACAACUUGGGAAAGAAGGUUUUGAAGAAUAUGUUAAAAAUACUUUUCAAAAAGGCAAGAACUUUCAUGCAGCCAUGGAAGCCUUACUAUUAACUAAGGAAAAUGUUAUAAAGGAACAGAAAGAAGAUACCAGCAUUUCAAGCUAUGUGAUGAGUGUAAAGCAUGUGCUGCAAGAUAUUACUAGAGUGAGAGCUCUUGAAAGUGCAGUACAGCAUGAGGUCCUUUAUUACCAAGGCCUAAUAGAUUGCAUAGCAGAAUAUCGCGGAACAUUAUGUGUAAUUGACUGGAAGACUUCAGAGAAACCAAAGCCAUUUCUUAAGAAUACAUAUGAUAAUCCAUUACAAAUUGCAGCAUACAUAGGAGCAAUUAACCAUGACAGCAACUAUGACUUCCAGGUUAAUUGUGGCUUACUUGUGGUUGCCUAUAAAGAUGGUUCUCCUGCACAUUCACAUUUUAUGAGCUCUGAGCUGUGCUCCCAGUACUGGAACAAGUGGCUGCUUCGCUUGGAAGAGUUUAAAAAGAAAGGGAAUGAUAAUACUAUGUAAAGCAAGUAGUUUGUGGCUUCCAGAUUCCUCUGUUGCAGCUUUCCUGGUCUUUACUCGUGGAUCAUCAGCUGUGUGGUCGUGCGCUCUGAGCCAAAUUUUCACUGCAGGGUCCCAUCUCUCAACAGGUCAAAGAAAAUAGUUGGCUGGUCACAGAAGAUAGCUGGCAGAUCACAGAAAAUUUCUUGGAGCACUGCGUGAGGCCCAUACAGUGGUGGUAUCACAAAUAAUUAUAUUCAGGAAAUAACAACUAUCAACACCUCUUCAACAAAAUCAUUGAAGUAAACCUGAUAUGCCAAAAUAGCUAUUUGAAUUAAAAUUUGAGCAAUAUAGAAGAAAUAUUCCUAAUUACAAAUAAAAAAUAUUUUUAGAUCUGACUGUACGAUGACUCAAUGUCAAGUCCAGAAGCUUUUCUUCUAUGGACUCAGGGACUGAAUCAUUAGUAGUCUCUGCAUCCCCGCUGCUACAACUCUCCAAACUACAGCUGUCUUCACUACGAUAAUUCAGGAGUACACAUUUCACCUAGAAUUGAAAUUACAAGAUUUACAAAAUUAUAUAAUCUUUUCCUGAAUAAAAAGAAUUUUGAAUUGA